AUGCCGGUCCUGAAGCAGCUGGGCCCCGCGCAGCCCAAGAAGCGGCCGGAGCGCGGCGCUCUGUCCAUCUCCGCGCCGCUCGGCGACUUCCGGCACACUCUGCACGUGGGGCGCGGCGGCGACGCCUUCGGAGACACUUCGUUCCUGAGCCGCCACGGUGGCGGGCCGCCCCCUGAGCCCCGGCCGCCGCCCGCGGGGGCCCCGCGCUCCGCGUCGCCGCCCGCCGUGCCGCAGCCGCCGCCGCCCGCCCUCCGCGCGCCAGCGCCCGCCGACCCGCUGCUGUCCUUCCACCUGGAUUUGGGCCCCUCCAUGCUGGACGCAGUGCUGGGCGUCAUGGACGCGGAACGUCCGGGCGCCGCCGCCGCCAAGCCCGACGUGGACCCCGGCCCCGGGGCGCAGCACCCUAGGGCCCGUUGCCUCCCCAACGCGGAUCUCGAGCUGGACGACGUCAUCGGCCUGUAG